UGGAUGAAAAAAUCGUCUGCUAUUUCAUGGCUAAAAUUUAAAACAAAGUUCUACAACUUUUAGUCGGGUCGCUGUCUUUGUUCUGUCGUAAAGAACAAUGUUACACAUCAUUCCAAGCGACGACGUUACGAUGGGACGGUCACGUUUUUCUUACGUCUGCAAGAAAGCGAGGGUUUUGUUGUUAUGGACUCUUGUAGUGUGUAGCUGUUGGUGUUCGGCUGUCGGCGAUGAUGUGACGGACGUUUCCAGUGAUUCGUGGGAUGACACAGUCAAGAAGAACCCUUAUUUAUUAGUUUUGUUUUAUGAACCCGAUUGUUCAACAUGUGAAGAUGCGAAGAAAGUUUUAAGAGCUUUACCCGAGCCAGACAUGUUUCCUGCAGAGCUGAAGAAAGUACAGUGUGGAGAUGUCAAGUUGGCAAGUAAAUACCAAGCUACGGCACUUCCAAGUCUUUUUCUCUUCAGAAAAUGGAGAGCCGGUUCGAUACGAUGGGCAGAUUGGGGUGGAGGAGAUUUCCAACUGGCUGACAACUGCUCACCAGGUGGCGACACGGGUUCUUAAUGAUGAUUCAUUCGAGCACCUCACCCAGGCGGCUACCGGUGCCACCACGGGAGAUUGGUUUGUCAUAUAUUACAAGAGUGCAUGUGUCAGCUGCCUUGAAGCUUUGGCUGUGUUGGAAGUUCUUGGUGUCAAAAUGAAGGGGAAACUGAACGUUGCCAAAAUUGAUAUGGAAACCAGUCCAAAACUUGUUGAUCGAAUGAAGAUAACGAAAUGUCCUAGUGCAAUAUUUUACCGCCAGGGCAAGAUGUAUCGAUAUGAAGUUGAUAAGUAUGACAGCCAGUCGCUGACCACGUUUGUACAGGGAUGGUAUAAAAACAUGAAAGCAGAAAAUGUACCCGUAGAACCAUCAGCCUUUGAUCGCUUAACCGACGGAAUUGUGUUGGCUUUAAAAAAUCAGCUCCAGGGACCGAACCGUAAAGUGUUUCUGGCCGUCGCGGGAGGUGUGGGAGUUUUUAUAGUCCUGAUUGUCGUCAUUGGCCUCGUGAAGGGGAAAAGUAGUAACAAAUACAAGGAACCGUAGUCAUGUAUGGCAUAGUCUUGUAUGGCGUAGUCAUGUAUGGCAUAGUCAUGUAUGGCAUUGUCAUGUAUGGCAUUGUCAUGUAUAGCAUAGUCUUGUAUGUCAUAGUCUUGUAUGUCCCACAGUAUCGGCUUCUGUUGGAUUUUCUAAACAUGCAGCCAUAGACUUUUCCACCUCCCAGUUUAUUUGUGUUUUAUAGUUGACGAAGAAGAAGAAUAUGUGGAGUCCCCCCCCCCCCUCCAUCUUGCAGUUUUGUUGUGGUUUGUAGUUGUGCAUUAAUAUUUGUUAAGCUUAUUCCCAUUAAAUAUUUAUUUUUAUUUCAUUCAUUGUCAUUAAUAAAGAAAUGUAGUCUUUGUCA